AUGAUCAUUGCUAAUCUCAAAAUGGUGCCUUUAAUUACAAAAACUCGCCUUAAUUCAACAGCUCAUGUGUUUGAUCCAAAAACUACACAUGCGUCAUUCAUUUAUUCUGCAACCACAACGUGUGUUCCUGGAACCACUUGUCCUGUAGCCUGUUAUCGUUAUGACACAAAUAUGCUAGAGAUCAGAGAUCUAGGAGUGUCUGAUUAUAAAGUAUAUGCGAUCAUGUCUGCCAAUCAACUCAAAGGAUUUGAGAAUCGUGAGCUUUAUAUAGUUUCGGUUGAACAUGGCAUUAUUCAUGGUCGCGUUCACCUUUACAUAAUGGCGUGUACUAUCAAUCCAAACCAUCAAAGACACUGCCAGUUAUUUGUAUUUGAUCCUUUUCUGAUGACAUGUUAUCCUAUCAUUCUUGACCGUCCAAUGAAGGGAUAUUCUACCUCAGUAGCAAUAUCAGAAGCAACAUAUAGAAAAGCAGAUAGCGGUAAAAAUUACGAAUGUCACUGGAUUGCAUGUGGGUUUUCAGAUGCUGCAUUGUAUGUCAUACAAUUCUACCCAGACAAUUUGAGCAAAAGAAUGAUACAUCCAUGUACAUUGCUGAGAUCUAGGGUGAGUGGUGGAACUAGUGUGGCAAUAGAACUGCUUGAUUCUUCUCCCGUCCAUGCAUCGUCUGUGUGCAUUCUUGUGGGUGGAAUCAAUGGGCUCGUCGAUGUCCUGGUGUGCAAAGGGUCCAGACAUUGGACAAUGAAUCCGACCAUAUCUUUUGUUGAUCUUGAACCAAUCUUACCGUCUUCUUUACCUGUGGUGUCAUUUCAGCUGAUCCAAUCAGAUAAGGGUUCAUCCAAAGAAAGACUUUUGGCUGUGUGUCAAGGGCUCUUUGAUGAUCACCAAUACAGUGAAGCGCAGGCAGCAACUAGUAUCUUUAGAAUUGACUUUACAGAUCUCUCAUGUCGGUUUGUGCAGACAACCUAUCAAGCCAAAUCUCUGGUGCGGUCAAGGAUAUUAUCCUCUCAAUUGGUUCCAUUAGCAGAGCAACAUAACGUUUGUCAUUUGUGGCAAUGUGUUCUGGAUACCAUGUCCAUGAGGGCCGAGCUGUGGGAACUUUGUAAUGGAUCUCUCAAACAUCUUUACAGUGUUGAUCUAACAAAGACAAUGAAUAUGUCCAAGACGCUCCAGGGAGUAUCGUUCCAUGCAGAUACCCAGACAUGCAUGUUUCUCUAUGAAGACGAUAUCAUCAAUACCAAGAUGAAUCUCAUGUGGGAGCAAGCGGAUAAUUCUCAAGACACUUUAAUAUUGACCGAAUAA